AUGAGUAAUGGUUAAUUUUGUAAAAGUAUAGGUCAGUAUCAAAUAGAUUUGACCUCAUCCUUAGGGAAAGGGUCAUUUGGAGAAGUGUAUAUAGGAAAGGAUACUAAAACAUAAGAGAUACUUGCAAUAAAAGUUACUAGUCUAAAAGGGAAUGAGAAGUAAAUAGAUUAAACCAUAAAAUUGUGUCAGAAUGAAUGUUAAAUUAUGUCGCGUUUGAAUCAUCCAAAUUUAGUCAAAUUUUAUUCGUUCUAAAGAACUUAAAAUAAUAUUUAUUUCAUGAUGGAAUAUUGCGAGGGAGGAACCUUGAAUUAAUACAUCGAUAGGAAAUGUAAUAAAAGUUAAUUGAAAUAUUUGGCAGAGACAGAGGCCAGAAUUAUUUUGAGUCAAAUUGUUAAUGGAUAUAAAGAAAUGUAUAAUUAAAAUAUUGUUCAUCGUGAUUUAAAGCCAAGCAAUAUUCUUAUUAACAAAGGAGUGGCUAAGAUUUCAGAUUUUGGAUUUAGUAAAAUUCUAAAUGAUUUUGAUAACUAGAUACUAAUGACAUUUGCAGGGACACCUUUAUAUAUGUCUCCUUAAAUUCUGACUUAAUAGUUGUCGAGACAAUAUUCUACAAAAACAGAUAUAUGGUCAUUAGGAAUUAUAUUUUAUGAAGUCCUGUAUGGAUAGAUACCUUGGAAGGCGAGUUCAAUACACGAGCUUAUGAUGAAAAUACAAUCGGUCCCAAUAAAAUUUCCAGCGACUCCUCGAGUUUCAGAUUAGAUGAAAUAAAUAAUAUCAAAAAUGUUGAUAGUGGAUGAAAAGGAUAGAAUGAGUUGGGAUGAACUAUUUUAAUUGUAAAUAUAGCAAGAUCAAGAAUCAUUACUGAAUAUAGGCAAAAGUGUUAUUAUGAUAAAUCAAGAAAAAGACAUUUUGAAAAAAAAGAAUCUAGAAAAAAAUCUAAACAGAGGUGUGGUUCAGAAUAUACAACAUGGUAGAUAGCAAUAAGAAUAGAUAGAGAAGGCUUAUCCAAAAAUAGAUGAUUACUCAAACAAAUCUGGAACAACAUAAUAUACAUAAUCUUAGGAUAAGUCUUCGGUAAGUCCGUCAAGAAAGGAGAAGAUAUUCUCCUAAAAAGAAAGGUCUGUUUCUCCAGUCAAAACACUUGCAAAUUUUAAUCAGAACUAACUUGUUUUGGGAAAAGAAUAACAAUAAGAGAUUAUAAAUAAUACUAUAAUUAAGAAGAUCUCAGAUUGGAUUACAUACAAAAAGAAUAAAUCAGAAUUUUUGAAUAAAGUAUCUCAAUAGUUGUUUGAGUAAUGGUCUGCAGCUAAAUUCUAAUUGCAUCAAAGCAUCUAUCUAGCCAUUUGCUUUUUGUUGACAAAGUACUAAGUUUUAAUUUUGUACAAGAUAUAUACCAGAUUACAAAAAAAGGUUCUAAAUAAUACAACCAAAAAGUUCACAGAAAAAGAAUGGGCAAUUUUUUGUUAGAGUAAAGACUACCCUGAAUCAUUAAAAAUGAUAUAGAGAGAUUAUAGCUUGAUAAAGGAAUUUCUGAUUGAAUUGGUGAAAAAGACACAGGCAGCUCUGAGUGAUACUUAAAUAGAAGAAAUGAAAUAAAUUAAAUCUAUUGCAAAUAUGGAGUAGGUAGAGAAAAAGAAAUUUGAUUACAUUUUCUAAACUGGGUUAUAGUAUUAUCUUAAAAUUGUCUUGGAUUAAUUGCACCAAGAGUAGAAUGAUAGAGGCUUUUUGGAAUUUGCUGUCCGUUUAAAGGAUUGUUGCAGAAUACAUGACAUUAUAAAUUUCCAAGAGUUAGAUUUCUUCAAGUACGAGGAUGAUAUCACAAAUUCUUCUAAAUAAUAAUUAUUAGAGUAAUUGCUAAAAUGA